AUGGCUUCCACUGAUGUUCAAGCACCAGCUGCCGCUCAGCCUUCUGAAACUCAAGCUCCACCUCAGGACCCCUCGGAAACGCGCUUCAGCUGCGUUUACUUUGGAUAUGCCUCCAACCUGUCACCUGUGACUAUGAAGCAACGGUGCCCUGGCGCACUCUACGUGGGCCUCGGCGUACUCAAAGGCUGGAAAUGGAUGAUCAACGAGACCGGCUACGCCAACAUCAUCCCAGGCAAUGAUGAGGAUGAAGUCUAUGGUUCUCUCUGCUUUCUCCCUCGCAGAGACGAGCUCGCCUUAGAUGAGAGUGAGGGCGUCCCCUGGUUGUACGAGAAGAAAACGGUGAAGGUCACACGCCUACUGUCAGACGAAGAGGAAAAGGAAUACGGCGGCCAAGUCCCAGAAGUGGAAGCAAUGACCUAUGUAGAUGUCCAACGGCUGACAGAAGGCAAAAUUGAAAGGGAGUAUAUCGUCUGGAUCAAGAAGGCGAUUGAGGAGGGCACCAAGUGCGGGAUGCCAGCAUCGUAUGCCGAGAAGUACAUCAAAAGGUUCCUUCCGACCGACUACGACCCGAACCCGAAUAUCAUGAUGGUGAGGACAAUGCAAUUUGGCGAACAGACCGCUGGCUUGGUACCCCGAGGCUUCGCAAGCUGGCAAAGGGGAUGA